AUGCUGGCUUGGCUGGGAGGAUCGUCCAAGCUCAAGAAACGCAAGCAAAAACCUGAGUCCAACCAUCAAGGGGCGGGCGUGAAGCGACGGCACGUGGACGUCAUGCCGCUGGACACAGCUGCUGCCCGCUGGGACCGUCCAGCCCCACCGCCGCACGCCCCGAGCCAGCAGGUGAAGGCAGACAAGGAGGUGGCCAAGGCAGGCAGCGAGAUCCAGAACACCGCGCCCACAGCGGCGCUUGCUGCCGCUGCCCAGCUUGAGCGGCCAGAGAACCAGGUCGCGUCCCCUGCCGCCUCUUUUGAUCUGUGGAUGCUUGGUGGCCCCGGGGCCGCAACCAGCAUGGCACCCACAUCCGCAGCCUGCCUCAGCGCUAAAACUGCGCCUCCUGCUGCCGCGACCGUGGCUGCUGAGCGCGCGCGGCGCCUGGCGCAGGAGGCGGCAGAGGCCAGCGCAAGCGCCAGCGCUUGCGCCGGCGCUCCAUCAGACGAGCCGCGGUGUGAGGGCAUCGAGGAGGGGCAGGACAAGACGCCUGGCGGCAUGGCAAGCUCGCCUGUUGCAGGGGCAGCGCAUCUGAAGUCUGGAGAAGGGAGGCGUUGGGAGGGCAUUUCAUCAUUCGAUUUGGCGUUCCUGGGUGCUUCUUGA